AUGAUUGGGACUUUUCUUCCCAUGUAUUCAGUUCAGGUGAGCAGUGUCACUAGAGCAGGACGCUUUGGAAACAAACCUGACAAGGAUUGUCGGAAUUAUAAGUGGUUAUACAAAAAUUACCAACAAGCCCUGGCCCUAAUGUUUGCUGUGGAGGAGAUCAACAUGAACCCUAACCUGUUGCCCAACCUUACCCUGGGAUUCCACCUCUACAACGCCUACCACAGUGAUGAGAGGACCUUGGAGAGCUCCCUGAGGUGGCUGUCUGGGCAGGGCCAGAUCACCCCUAACUACAACUGCUGGGAGCAGGACAAGUCUGUGGCUGUUAUUGGAGGAGCCACAUCAACUCUGUCUGUCCAGAUGGGGACCCUCCUGGAGCUCUACAAGUAUCCACAGAUCACCUUUGGGCCACUUGUCCUGAGUGACAAGGCUCAGUUUCCUUCCCUUUACCAGAUGGCCCCCACGGACUCUUCCCUAUAUAAAGGUCUGGUCAGAUUGAUGACUCAUUUUGAGUGGACAUGGGUGGCCCUGGUGACAGUGGAUGACCUGAGAGGUGAGGAAUUCCUUCGGGAAAUGACAGUGGAGAUGGCAAAUAAUGGUGUCUGUGUGUCCAUCACAGAAAAGAUCCCUGUCAGUGAGAGAAGACACACAGAAUCACAGGUGACAUUCAUGCCCAGGAUCAUGGAGUCAACAUCCAAAGUGAUUUUUGUUCAUGGUGACACAGACUCAUUAAUGAUCUUGAGAUUUUCACAAAUUCCUCUUCUCUCAAUUAUGAAGGUGUGGGUCACCACCUCUCACUGGGACAUUACCAUGAGACCACAAUAUACUGAUGGCUACAAUUUCCAUGGGGCACUUACAUUUUCACACCUAACAAGGGAAGUUCCUGGUUUUAGGCCUUUUCUUAGGACUGUGAACCCUGCUAAAUACUCAGAGGACAUUGUACUGAAAGAAUUCUGGCACUCAACAUUCGGAUGUACAGAAGAACCUGAAAAAUGGAAGCAAAAAGAAUGUUCGCUAAAUGCUUCCUUGGAGACUUUGCCUUUGCCUUUUGACAUGACCAUGUCUGACUUGAGUUACACCAUCUACAAUGCUGUCUAUGCUGUGGCUUGGACUGUCCAUGAAAUGUUCCUGAUGAAAUCAGAAGAAAGAUCCAUGGAAGGAGAAAGCUGGGUGCCUCACCCAUGGCAGCUCUACUCAUUUCUAAAGAAUAUCCAGUUUAACAACAGUGCUGGUGACUAGGUUUUUAUGGAUGAGGAUAGAAACCCCGAGGCUCAAUAUAACAUCCUGAACUAUGUAACCUUCAGUAUGGACGCUGAAGCUCUGGUGAAAGUCGGACAGUUUAUCCCCAAGGCUGAGCCUGGCCAAGAUUUCACCAUUAAUGAGGAGGCCAUAGUAUGGGGCUUUACAUAUUAUGAGAUUCCCUGUUCCAUGUGCAGUGAGAGCUGUGGUCCCGGAUUCAGGCAAAACCCUCUGGAGGGACAGCCCAUCUGCUGUUUCAACUGUUCUCUGUGCCCUGAGGGGGAGAUCUCUAAUCAGAUGAAUACGAAGCAUUGUGUGAAGUGCCCAGAAGACAAAUAUCCAAAUAAAGAAAGAAAUGGAUGCCUCCCCAAGGUUGUGACUUUCCUGGAUUUUUCAGAACCUUUGGGGAUGACUCUAAUUUGUGGCUCUUUCUCUCUAAUGACAGCUCUGGUUCUGUGGGUAUUUGUGAAGUUUCAAGACACACCUAUAGUAAAAGCCAACAACCGCAUUCUCAGCUAUACUCUCCUCAUCUCCCUCAACUUCUGUUUCCUCUGCUCCCUGCUCUUCAUUGGCCGUCCUACUUCAGCCACCUGCCUCCUUAGACAAACGACCUUUGGGAUUGUGUUCACUGUAGCAGUGUCCUCCAUUUUGGCCAAAACCAUUAUGGUAGUCCUGGUUUUCAGGCUUACAACACCAGGGAGCAGAGGUAGAAUGUGGGUACAAUCCAGAGUGUCCAACUCUGUUGUCAUUAUAUGUUCUGGGGUUCAAGUGAUUCUCUGCGGCAUCUGGUUGGGAAUCUCUCCCCCUUUCCCAGAGGAAGAUACACACUCUGAGCCAGGUCAGAUCAUCAUUGGGUGCAAUGAGGGUUCUGUCAUUGCUUUCUACUCCAUCUUGGGCUACAUGGGAUUCCUAUCACUGUGCAGCUUCACAGUGGCUUUCCUGGCCAGGAACCUUCCUGACACCUUCAAUGAAGCCAAGUUCAUCACAUUCAGCAUGCUGGUAUUCUGCAGUGUCUGGGUCUCUUUCCUCCCAACUUACCAAAGCACCAAGGGCAAGGCCAUGGUUACUGUGGAAAUAUUCUCCAUCUUGGCAUCCAGUGCUGGGUUACUGGGCUGCAUUUUUGUUCCCAAGUGUUACAUCAUUCUGCUGAGGCCAGACAGAAACACUCAGGAACAUAUCAAGAAUAAAGUAGAUCACAGGGGUAGGAAUCAAUUUGCAUCAUUGCCUGCUAUUUUCUACCAGAGUCAUAAUAAAUUUUAA